GAGCUCCUCCCUAUACUCUAGGGCCGCGUGGAACUCCCGGGGGCGCUUCCCGUAGGGAAUCUGGGAUGCCUGGGCCCGGCUGAGCAAUCGCCGCCCGCCUUUCCGCUCGUUCAAGGUCGAGUCCGAGGGUGCGGGCUUGGACCCGGGAGCUGCGGCGCAGGAGUCCGCGCACUGCCCAUGGACUCGUCGGGGGACCCCGAAGGCCCACGCCCCCCAGGAGGUUACAGAGAGCAGCGAGGCCGGAUGUACCUCUGUGGCUUGGGUCGUGUCUCUUUAACAGCAAUUCAAUUAGCUUUAGCGUGCUUUGUUUGCGAGAGAUUCGAAAAGGAGGGGCCUGGCAGUGGGGCUCGGGUCAGCGUGUUUUUUCUCUCUGGAAAGGGUUAAAGUUUGCGCACUGGGGUGGUGCGGAUGUGGCCUCUAUUGACUUUCUCUCUGUAGCUCUACUUUUAAGUACUAUGUGUUUAAGAAUGCAUUCAAAUAAGUGUGCCUGUUAGACAAACGAAAACGAGCCCCACUGUUGUCCCUCUCGCCCCUUUAACUUUCUCUCAGUUCCCUUCCUCAUCCACUACCAAAAUUUUUAAGUCUUAAGACUUCCUCCUGUUGCACAGAUUUCUUUUUCUAGACAACAAUGGCAACCUCUGAAAAAAUAGAGCAAUUCAAAUAUACUUUUCUUACUUAAAUUUCUUUUAUCUCAAAACCAUUUAAUUUAAAAAUAGCAAAUAGAUUUACUGGAUGUUUGGAACUGAGUAAAUGACCUCGUGUCUUUAAAUUAAAUGGAAAUUUAGCCCUGGGAAUAAGUAUUAAAUUAAUUGAUGCAGAAGACCUGUAAUUAUUGUAAAACACUGAUUUACAGAUUCAUGGCACUUGUCUUUCCAGGAGCUGCCAUUGUAAGUAUUAAUUCUCCAGUUGAAUGAUUUAGCUUAUUUUCUCCUACUUACACUUCACUUGACUUCAAUAGUGCCCUCUUAAUAAACCGCUAACAUGACAUGCUUAAAAUGUGAUUGAGUCCAUGUAGCAUAUGAAGCUAGUAACUUGAGAAAGCACGCUAUACUUCAGAGAACAGUACUCUGGAGAGCACCCUGUGGCCUCAUCCUUCUUGAAGGAAUCUAUUAAAGGUGAUGGCCCUCCAGGAGGUGCAAGGGAGACAUCCAGGCAGCUUUCAAGAGAACAGAUUUUUGUACUGAUAUCAGCAGCUUCCAUUAACUUAGGUUCCAUGAUGUGCUAUUCUAUCCUUGGACCUUUUUUCCCCAAAGAGGCUGAAAAGAAGGGAGCCAGCAAUACAGUUAUUGGUAUGAUCUUUGGAUGUUAUGCUUUGUUUAACUUGCUGGCAUCUUUGGUAUUUGGAAAAUAUCUUGUACAUAUUGGAGCAAAAUUUAUGUUUGUAGCAGGAAUGUCUGUCUCAGGAGGAGUUACAGUUCUCUUUGGUGUAUUGGACCAAGUUCCAGAAGGACCCGUGUUUAUUGCUAUGUGUUUUCUAGUGAGAAUAAUUGACGCAAUCAGUUUUGCUGCAGCAAUAACCGCAUCUUCUUCUAUCCUUGCAAAGGCUUUUCCAAAUAACGUGGCUACAGUAAUGGGAAGUGUUGAGACUUUUUCUGGACUGGGUCUAGUACUAGGGCCUCCUUUGGGUGGCUUCUUGUAUCAAUCCUUUGGCUAUGAGGUGCCUUUCAUUCUUCUGGGAUGCAUAGUUCUGCUGAUGGUUCCCCUCAACAUGUGUAUUUUACCUAAUUAUGAGUCUGAUCCAGGGAAACACUCAUUCUGGAAACUCAUCAUUUUACCCAAGGUUGCCUUUAUAUCCUUCGUCAUUACCUCACUCAGCUCAGGUUUUGGCUUCCUUGAUCCUACGCUGUCCCUCUUUGUUUUGGAGAAGUUUAAUUUACCAGCUGGAUAUGUGGGACUGGUAUUCCUGGGUUUGGCACUAUCCUACGCCAUUUCUUCACCACUGGUGGGCCUACUCAGUGAUAAAAUGCCACAUCUAAGGAAAUGGCUUCUCGUUUUUGGAAACUUAAUCACAGCAGGGUGCUACAUGCUCUUAGGACCUGCCCCAUUCUUGCACAUUAAGAGUCAGCUCUGGUUGUUGGUGCUGAUAUUAGUCAUAAACGGUAUCUCUGCUGGAAUGAGUUUAAUUUCAACUUUCCCAGAGAUUCUCAGCUGCGCACAUGAAAAUGGAUUUGAAGAAGGAUUAAGUACCUUGGGACUUGUGUCAGGUCUCUUUGGUGCACUGUGGUCAGUUGGUGCUUUUGUAGGACCAACCCUGGGAGGAUUUCUGUAUGAGAAAAUUGGUUUUGAAUGGGCAGCUGCUCUGCAGGGUCUCUGGGCUCUGACAAGUGGACUAGUGAUGGGCUUGUUUUAUCUAUUGGAGCAUUCAAGGAGAAGGAGGAGAUCUAAACUUCAAAAUAGCCUCGGCACAGAGGAGGAACGGACUGCUCUCUUGCCUGAUGAAACGUAGCCUUACCUUAGGGAUCCCUACUGAUACGGGGCUGGGAGAUGGAUGCUCCUGGCCUUGAACUUCAUCGCUGGAAGGAUUUUCCUAAUUUUUACGCACAAAACUCCAUGGACUCCACACCAGCAUCCUGAAAUUGUUAACAUAGUUUUCGAUGAUCCUGUGUUGGGCUGCACAUACUGUUGUCCUGAAGAGCUGGCCUGCUGAACCAGCCGUAUUUGAAACCUUAAGUAUGCGAAGAGUUGUUGAAAAUCAACAAAAGUUUUUGGUUUUGAGUGACCAGAUUUGGCCCUGAGGAUGUUACUGACUCUGGGUGUCCUGUUUCCUCUGUUUACUUUUUAUUCUGAGGGCACUGAUUCUGUGACUGUACCCUUUUUAUUAACAGGGAAAGAAAUGAAUUGAUUUGAUAUGCUUAAAAAUAAUAUAAAGAUAACUCAAAAUAUACAUAAUAAUUACUGUGAAAUCAGUUUUUAAAAUAUUUGCUUUCUCUGUGUCCUAAGAUUUUUUUGUUUUUGUUCAAAAGGCAAAAUUCCAGCCUACCAUGGAAAAACUCUAUUGCAUACCCUGGCCAUCAGCUCUUCUAAAACUAUUGUUUGUGUGAAAGAUACAAGAAUAAUAUUACGUAACACUUCCAAUUUUGUAACAUGCUGUGAAUUAGGAUCUGGAUUUAUAAAUAAUGCUUUGUAUAAUAUUAUUCAUUUCCCUUAAUGUCUCUGUUUUAGUUCUAUCAUUUAAAAAAAAAAAAAGUACUCCCAAUAGUUGUAUCCCAUUCCCAGAGCAAGUGAGCCCCCAGGAAUGCUUGUUCUAUGUUAGGGAAGGGGUUCCUCUGACUUCAGGUAAAAUCCAUGCUGUCGUUUGAAGUGAGUGAAUCUCUGCUGUGCAACUCUCAUACCUCCUGGUCCAUUUUCAUGCUGUAGUAGCCCCAUUUACCCACCCACCCCUUUUUAGUAGAAGAAAUGUUUUUUAUCUGUUUAUUAAUUCAAAAAUAUUUAUUGAAUGCCUUCUCUGAAUUGACAUUGCACUUGAUCUUACAGAUUUAGCUGUGAUCAAGAUAAACAGAGUCUAGUCUUUAUGGAACUAAUAUUCCAGUGGAAGGGACAAGCAAGAAAUAAAUACCAGAAUCUCUAGUUAUCUUGCAGAGAUGCUAUGAUGAAAAACAAAAACCUGGUGAUAUGAAAGAGUAAUUGGCUGGAGCUGAUUAGGUGUGAGGAUCCUCAUUUAGGUAAGGCCUUGAACUGAGCUCUGAAGGAUGAGAAUGAGGCAGCCAUUCUGAGGGGAGAGCCCUCCCUAGCAUGUGCAAAACGGCUUGACAUGGUCAAAGAGAAGGCCGUGGCCCACAUGGCUGGAGUCUAGUAAACAGAGGAAUUUGGGCGGGGGAGAGGAGCCGGCUUUUGAAUGGAGGAUUCUAGAAUUUGAUUCAUAUUUCAGGAAGGUCAUUGUGUUUGCAGGGCCAAGGUGAGUGGGGAUGCGGAUUACCAGGGGUGGAGGGAAAUCUUUGGAAGCUUUGAGAGAGACAUUAAUGGUUUGGAUCAGGAAGGUGGUGCUGAAGUAGAGAAAAGGAUGUGUUUGGAAGUAGAACCAACAGGGUUUGCUGAUAAUGGACAGAGAAGGGGAGAGAAAUUCAGGAAGACUCCUAGGAUUUGGCUUGAGGGCAUGGGUGGUCAACUGGUGCCUCUUAGUGAAACGGGGAAGAAUGGGAGAGAAACAGAUCUGGAAGAGGCACAUUAAACCAUGCCCUUUCACACCACCAUAAGGAAAAAAUAAAUAAAAUUUAAAGGAU